AUGGGUACUACUGCUGCGCAGGGCGUUGCGCUGGGGACUACGGUUAAUGUCUCAGAUCGGCCUGUGACGCAACAGGGAAUGCGCGGGAUGAAAACCGCUCAAGGGCCGGCGCGACAAGUUCAAGACUCAUCGUAUUAUGUCGGAAUCCUUAGGAGCAAGGUUACAGAGCUGAUGAACGAGAUUCAAUCUCUGCAGUCAGAACACAAACAGCACGAGCGGUCGAUGAACGAGUAUGGGGGUCUACAAAAACGCCACGAGAACCUUCUAAAUGAGGUUCGCGCUCUGGAAGGAACCCUCGCAGACUAUAAUCUUGCGAUGGAUAAAGCUCGAAUGGUAGGUACCGAUCCGGCAGAACUGAAUGAUUACAUAACUGAGUUUCGGGCAAAAAACAAGCAAUUCGCAAACGAGAUUGAUCGAGUUUUUGUGAUUAAAAAGCAAAAGGAUGAAGAGACUAAACAGAUCGAAGCUCAGAUUAGGGAUCUACAUGAACUUGCCCAACACAAGAUAAAUGAAUUGGAGCCCGAAAAGUUGAAUCGCUAC